ACUUUUUUAUAAAAAUGCCCCUCUACUAUAAUGCCCUAAGCCAUAGCUAAUCUCUUCGUGUAGAUUCUAGUCGAUCCAUGAAGCAUCCACCCAUCUUCGCCACGAACGAAUAUCUAUCAGCCGCUUCAUCAAUCUGUCUUAUGUUUAGAUAGUUACCAUCUUGUUGAAGUAGAUGACACUUUAUUUUGAAGCAUUUGUGAAUGUUUCUUUGACUGAUUCAUGGUAUCAAGUAGUGAGAGCAGAGCAAGUGAGCGAGAUGAUUCAAGAAGCACCAAUUGCUGUCAUUGUGAUCAUUGAACUGACUACUUGGCCACAGCAGUGAGACGACACAGUCAUAUGACUCCAGCAAUCUACAGUUAUAGAACAUUUCAUUCUUUCCGCUUUGAAUGUUAUCUAUUUUUCCAUUUUCAUUCUCAGUUUUUGGUUGAUUAGCCGUUUAACACCAGUUUCUACUUGAGUUAUAUCUCCAUUACAUUCAACUUCCAUAUAUAUGUUUUUGAUACUGAUGUAUCAUUGACUAAGAGCUUCUUAGAGCUGAUUUUGGAAUUGAAUUACAUAAACCAUGACGUUGAAAUUAGAAAAGCAAGUUUUUUUUUGAUAAAGGGCUAAUUAGAAAAGCAAGUUGGAAACGAACAUUCCUGUAAAUCAGGACAUGACCCAAAUUAAGUAAAGCAUGAGACAGUUUACUUGGUUGUAUCAAUGAGUCUCAUAACCGCAGUUAAAUAGGGGAUGCGUUGGUCAUCUGAAGCUACAAUAUGAUGCUCCCAUCGUUUCUCAACCAAUGGAGAGUGCGGUCCAAGUAAACGGGUUUCAUCCGCACCGUGAGAUCACUUCUCAAGGAGGUGUGAACGGUUGUGUUAAUGCACGAAUUAAACAAGUACGGGGCGCUACGAGGCGAUGCCGUUUCGAGCUGGUGGUUCUAGUGAGCUGGCUCUUCUGGGCGAGCUGGCUGAUCUUCGACGAGCAGACUUCUCUCGACGAGCUGACUUGUAUCGAUGAGCUGGCUCUUCCGGGCGAGCUGACUUGUGCUAUCCUUUCUCCAGGUCCCGAAAAACGUCCCUUCUCCCGAGACUUUCUAUUCCUUAUUUAUACCCGUCCGUAUAGUAGGGUACGCAAGAUCAGCGAAACUGACGCGCCUGUGGCUUCGUCCUUUUCGAUGCAGCGCGUGGAUCCAACGUGCCUUCUGAUUCGUGCACUUGGUUUCUUGCGGAUUCGGAAGCUGAAGCGUUCUCUCUCCGACCAUCGUCGAUCUCGCACCCCGGACGGUUCUUCAGAGCGUUCUGGAGCCGACCGUUUUCGAGCCGAAUCUCUUGAUGACGAUCUUGUCGAGGCGGGAUAUUCUUCCUCUGGGUCGUCUUCGCGAACUUCUGUUGUGGCCGAGCUACGGCGCCGCAUUUCUUCUCCUCUAGUUGACCGGGCUGAAACAGGUGCUGCGGCGACCACCACUUUCAAACCCCGGCUUACAGAUGAGGAAAUUGGUGAUGAGGAUUUCAAGGAAGCCAUAGCUUCUGAGGAGAUCGCGAUCUUCGAACCUCGAUCUGCGGUUGGGGGAGGUUUUGGGGACGAUGUUAAGGAGAUGACAGUUUCUGAUGAGAUUGGUGUAUUUCCUGGUGUAUCCGGCCCUAAGCCCGGCUCGGCUGACUAUCUGGGACCAACCAAGACGUCGGCUUCUUCCAUGAGUACCGCGCUUCGCUUUUGUAACGCACCGCGUGGUUUAGUGGCUCGGGUCCCGGAAACGCACGAGCGUCCUUGGACGACUCCGGAGGGUUAUAUGUGCGUCUACGAGAAGUUUCUCACUGAGUGCGGCUUGUCGUUUCCCAUCCCGAUAUUCUUGCUUGGAUUCGUCGCCAGGAGAAAGAUGGCACUUUCUCAGCUGACCGUCGCGGCAAUUCGUUAUGCUGUUGGAUUGAUUCGCUUGGCCGAGCAGUGCGGAGUCGAAGUUCGGCGUUCCCAUUAUGAGGAAGUUAUCAACCUCAAGAGGAUUGGUAGUGCUCGGCCCGGAUUUUAUUACGCGCAGUCAGCGACGAAGCCAAAGAUUAUUACCGGGGUGAAGAGCAAAACUAAUGACUGGUGCUUUGAAUACUUCUUUGUCAAAGUGACCAAAGAGUCGGUCGGAGAUCACGAGAUGGUGGAUUUAUCUGAAUGGCGGAUGACGCCCGUUCGUCGUUUAAAGAUUCUUGACCCGUUCCCCGAGGAGCUCAAAGAAGAUCUUCUGAAGAUUCGCGCUGUUAGCCCAUACGUUUGGCCGACGGGCGAAGAGAAGGAACGCUUAUCCUUACACAAGCCGAAGAAAGCUAGAAAAACUCCAGCGAAAAGGAAGAUGAAGAUGAAUACCGAAGAGGUCGGGAGUUACUCAUCUCGCUACAAACGUCAGAAGACAUCAGCACUGAAGGAAUCUCAGGAGAAGGAUCACCUUCCGAGCGGGGAGGAUCGGGCUGCGCGUUCAGUUGAGGAAGAGAGGCGCACUGCCCGAUCCGAGCCUCCGAGAGGUCAUCAGGGGCGUAGCGUCGUGAACCCGGGGUCGUCUGUUGAUCGCUCCAAGGAGACUCGGGAGAAGGAGCUGGCUACGGCUCGGCAGGGAAAGCAGCUGGAAGGUUCUGCUCGCUCUGAUGUUCCACCGGGAUGCAACACUUUGAUUGUUCAUCCUGGUCCCGCCAACGACCCCCAUCGUAGGCGAUCCUCGGGGGCCAUUGAGGAGAUCCGUUCUGACGCAAGGGUUUCGAAGCAGCCCGACUACCGCUGGGAGCAUUACUACUCGGGUCGUGAAGUCAAGGAAUUAAAGGAGAUGAAGGCCUUUACCGACGUUGCGAGGAAGACGCUCGAUGCUGUUGGCUCGAUGAACCGUCUGGCUUAUCUGUACGAGCGUCGUUUCCGCAACAUGGAAGUGCUGGGCUCGCAGGAUCUUCGUGGGGAGUUGAGUGCUGAGAAGAAGAAGAACGACGAGCUCCUGAAGAAGUUGGAGUCGGCGAGCAAAGAGGCCGCGCACCUUAAGAGUGAGGUAGCGACGUUGGCUUACCAGCGAACCGUUAUGGGUGAGGAGAGGGAUCGUUGCACCCUGGAUCUGGAGAAGGAGAGGGAGAAAACGGUCGAGCUGGAGGAUCGGCUGAAGUCCGAGAAGAAGAGGCUUCGGUCCCGUCGUGAGAAGUACGCGGAGAAUCAGACGAGUAAAGCCUUGAUUCAUGUUGCUGACCUCUUUCAAGCUCGCAUGAAUCGAGUGAAGGCCCAUCUCGAUGACAAGCUGAAGAUCAACCCCAAAUUCCUCGAUUACAACCAAGUCUGUGGGAACGUCGCUCUUUUGGAUGAGCUGGUUGAGGCUGGGGAGAUCGAGAUCAAAUCUACCGAGCUGAUGCCACGUUUGAUUGCGGAUCGGGAUGCCCUCAAGGCCGAGGUGGAGGGCUUUGAGAUCACCGAGAUCGAGAAGGAUGACUUUGACGUCUGGACCCUUUUCGAGAAGGUUCUCGAGGAGGAACAUUUCGAACCAUCGGCUAGCGGAGGUCAUUCUGAGACCGAGGCAGAAAAAGAUGAGGAGACUUCGGUUGAGGAUGCUAGCCAGCGGAAGCCGGAGACUCCCGGGCCACUUCCUGACGACCCGGCUGCUGCCCCGGUGCCGGAGUGA